UGUCUCUAUUUGAAAAUGAAGGGAAUUCUUGUAUUCGCGCUCGUGGUCUGCUCAGCACUAGCAGUUCCAUCUGAUGUCCACUCGUUGGUUCUACGUCAACGUCAAGAUGUAGAUAUCUUCGGCAACACUAGAAAACUCAUAGAAGAGCUAGUUGAAAACCUACGCCUAGCAGCAAAUGAUGCCCUGGACGCCAUCAGGAUCUUCGAAGCUGGUCUGCUCGAGCAAGCAACUGCUAUCCGGGAGAAGAUUGCUGCUGACAUUCAGAACCUAAGCGACCGCGUAACAAAAGCUAUCCAAGGGAUCUUGGACCGAAUUACGGGAACUGGUACCGCGGUUAGAAAUUGCGUUGAGUCCCAUCGCAAGGACGCCAAUGCCCUCUUCAACGAAACAAUGACCAAGACACUCGAAUGCGCUGACGAUCGUAUCAGCGAGAUUAGCACCCAGAUUGGCAACCUAAAGAACCUCACCGAAGGAGCCCUGCAAUUCGCAAAUGACGCCUUGGAACAGAUGAAGAAGUGCAUUGAGGAGAACCCUGGACAGAUUCUGACUGUUGGAUCGUGUUUAGGGAGAACCGCACUGAGAACAGAAAUGAAAGGAGCCGUAUACGCAACCCAGAGUGGACUAUCGAUUGCUCGCCUUAAUGUUGCCCUGGCCACCGUCCCAGCAUCUUUGGAAGUAUGCGCUGGAAACCACCUGGUCGCAGCAGGAAUGGUCACCGGCAAAAUCAUCAUGGAAAUCGGCAGUUGCUCUGUGUCUUCAGUCUACAGCACUCUGACUGGCUCCAACUCCAAUGAUUUAUGGACUAUACAAAAGGAAUUGAUUGACAACAGCUAUUAUCACCAUACAAGUAUCAAAUUCUAUUCUUUCAUCAUGAACGGUAUAUUCGUGAUCGUUGUCCAGUUUCUUAUUAUUCAAAAUGUUUUGGCGAAAGAAAUAACAUGUUUAGACAAAGAAUUUGUUGAUCAAAUAAAUAAAGACCUGGAACUAAAUGUCAAGCUGGAAGAAUUAAUGAUAUUAGAAGAUAGAGAACGCAGUUUAAAUGAGUUAUGGAAUAAUAUCAAAGACUUCGCCAGCAAUGCUUGGAAAUCUGUUAAAGCUAUGAUAGAAAAGACAAAAGAACAAAUUGCUACUUGGAUACAACAUAUUAAAAAGCGCGCUAAUGCUAUCAAGGAAAAAUUUGAAGAAAAGUUAACAAUAUUAAGACAAAAGUUAAAACAGCUAGUGGAAAACAUCGCUGGGAAUGAGACUCUCCAGAAAUGUAUAAAGGAAAACACCAAAGAUUUUGACCGUAUUAUGUUGGAUAUAGUAAAUAAGGUAUCUUUAUGCAUAUCUGACAAAGUGAGCAGUAUAAAUACCUUAGAAGACCGUCAAAUAGAAACCAUACAAAACUAUACAGAGAUUAUUGAACAAAUCGAGAAUAAACUUAAUCAAUGUAAACAAAAUAAAGACGUGGAAGAAUGUCUUCUAAAUGUAAGCAUGGAUAUUAUGAAAGAAACUGAAGCUGUGACUGAUGAAAUACUAAAACGCAGACUUGAAUCAAGAAAUAUAACAGAUGAAAUCUUAGAUGCCAUCAUCGCAUGUUCCACUGAUGGUUUAAUUGAGGCAUCUGCUGUUAUAACUGCUGAGGGACUGAAUAUUAUACAAUGUUUAGCACAACAUGGAGAUCAUGAAACGACUACCACAGCAAACUACUCAUAAAUAUAAACCAUGAAAGAUACAAAAAACACUGUUAUAAUGUAUUAACAACACUGUAUAUUCCAAUAAAAAUUGUGGGCAAUUA